AUGAUUCAUGUGAUCCCCAAGACGAUGACAUUGACGGCAGCAAUCGAGAAGCAGCGGUCAGCCCAGGAGAAGGAAGAAAUGGGUGGUGAGGAGGAAGACGCAGAUCAGGAGGAAGCUAACGGAUCACAAGUAGGAUCGGACGGCGAAGUGGAGGAGGAAGGAGAGGAGUCUAGUCGACCCAUGUCGGAGGAUGAGGGCGAGCUCUCGACGCCUGAAGAUAUGGACGAAGAUUGA